CCGCGAGUGGCGGAACCCGGACUGCUCAAAACCACAACACACCGCCGCGCAGCUCGUUGGUCUCCCAGACAAUCACCCACAACGAGCGACCAUCGACCAACGCCGUAUUUCAGCCCGUCAUGGCGUCGAUCCGGCACGAGUUCUACGAGACCGACGAACGGCUCACCAUCUCCGUCUUCGACAAGGGCGCGGAUCCCGCGCAGGUCGCCGUCUCGUUCGAGCCCCGCAGCUUGUCCUACGAGAACGGCGACAAGAGGCUCCAGCUCGCGCCCCUCAAGGGCCAGAUCGACCCCUCCAAGAGCGACUACACCGUCGGGAAGGUCAAGAUCGAAAUCCGACUGGCCAAGGUAGCGGCUGGUCGCUGGGGAUCUCUGGUCGGCGAUAGCCCAGAUCCCCUUGCUGCCGCACCAGCAACCUUCACUCCAAGCGCAACCGCACCCGUCGAAGCCGCCCGCAAGAAUCGGAAGAACUGGGACUCGAUCACGCAGACGAUCCUCUCCACCGAGAAGGACGUCACGUCGAGCGACGACCCGAACGCGGGCGGCGAUGCCACCGUCAACGACUUCUUCCAGAAGCUCUAUGCGGACGCGGACGAAGAUACGCGCCGCGCGAUGUUGAAAAGCUACCAGGAGAGCGGCGGCACGACCCUCAGCACGAACUGGGACGAGGUCGGGAAGGGCAAUGUCGAGGUCAAGCCGCCAGAGGGCAGCGAGUGGAAGAAAUGGGGCGCGUGAAGCUGGGGCGAAGAAGUGGCGAAACGAUGUUGAUCUUGUUCGUUCUUGGUUUCAAUCUGGUCGUGCGCUGAAUAUCGCUUUGCGUUGCAUACAUUGUUGUACUGACACCAAAUCUAUCUGUGACUGUCCGAUCCCUGCAUGACCACGGAGCGUCGAGACCUCUCAUCGAGUUACGACUUCUCGAUCGUAACACAUCGAUGGUGUCGGUUGUGGAACAAGCUAUGGUUACAGCGAUAUCCACUGCCCCUAUACAAGCCUAUAUAGCCGUAUGCUCGGUGCAGCAUGUAAAUGCGUGCAU